AUGUUUCGAAAUUGCGUGAUUUUCUCGCUCUUAAUUGUGGCAAUUCAUGCGUCUGGCGAAUUGACAGUGCUGAGCAGCCCCAAAGGAAUCAGCUUCAAGGGCAAUGACGCAUUGGAGAGCUACAAUGUUGGCGACGUCCUAUACGCUGCCUUGGGCAAUGCUGUCAAUGGUGAAUCAGACUGGAGCGGAAUGAUUAUUUCCGAUCCCUUUAACUUGGCCAAAUGCAUAAUAGCCGUGCAUGUGCAGGGAACUCGCCAUAUCGAAACUGCUGGCACAUUCAAAACCUAUGAUCUGGUUGGGUCCAGCACUAGUAAUUCCCUGACUGCUUUGGCUGCUGAUCUAGAAGCUGCCAACGAGCCGGUGUGCGACAUUAAUUUUGAAAAGUACGAGGAUGGCAUCCAAUCUUUCAAAUCAUGCUUUGGGGACUUGGAGGCACCUACUGCUAAGCCUACCAAGCAUUUAAGCCUAUCACUGCACAGCGCUGACAAACAGUUUCUGCAGCAAAUAGGUUAUAUUAACGCUGCCUCUGAAAAUCUGGCCGAAAUGCUUAAAACCUCGAACGUGCUACUCGUCCGCCUGUCCGUCGAAGGCAUUGCCAAAGGGAACGGUGACGAGUCGGAGGCCUUGGAGGAAGCCAACAAACUGAUCUCUGCUGCCAUUGGUCGCCUGCAGGUCGCUGCUCAAAAAUCUAGCACCUCGGUCCUCUUCAUUCAAACCACCGAUGAAGAGGUAUCCUCAUCGCGUUCCAAGCGCGAUGUCGUACCUCCAAACAACACGAACCCCUAUAGUUCAGUCGAAUACUACGAUUAUAACUACCCAGUUAUCUUCAACAUCAUUUUGUGGUUCAUGGUUGUCUUUUGCCUCGCCCUAUUGGCUAUAUGUUAUGCUAUUGGCUCAAUGGAUCCCGGCAGGGACUCGAUCAUCUAUCGCAUGACUUCCACCAGAAUGAAGAAGGAUAAUUGAGGAGGAGUCUACAACAAUCCCUGUAGUCAACUAAUAAAAUGAUUUUGAUAUUUACAA